CUGAGCUAAAAACGAGACGCUACAUCAACGGAUAAACUAGUAUGUAAGUGGGUGUACAGCUGAUCAGGAAGACUCCUCUGUUUUGACUGAACAGAAGAAAGCAGUAAGUUACCAUAUUCUUUUAGUGAUGGAAGGAGUACUAGUUAUACGGCACAGGGUGGAAACGCCAGUACGUUAUCAGGAGUAUUUUGCCGAGCAAGAUUUUGAAGCGUGCAGGUUAAACCACUGUCUGUAUGCGCUGCCAGGCCCAGCCACAGCUGUUCAAACGAAGAACACAGAGACAAUAAAGAAUACAGCUGAGGCAGAGCAGAAGUGCCCAAAGAAAGGAAAACCCAAAUUUCAAGUCUUGCUAGAUGUUGUGCAAUUCCGUCCAGAAGACGUUAUCAUCCAGACCUUUGAAGGCUGGCUCCUGAUUAAAGCUCAGCACGGACCUAGGAUGGAUGAACAUGGCUUUAUAACCAGAAGCUUUACUAGACAAUACAAACUGCCAGAAGGAAUUGAAACAAAAGAUCUGACUGCUCUCUUCUGCCAUGAUGGCAUUUUGGUUAUUGAAAUCAAGACUGUGGCAGAGAAUUAAUUAUGAGACUUUUUGCUUCUGGUGAGACAAGAUGGUUACCAUAUCGUAACUUGAACAAUCUGAUGCUGUGAGUGUGCAUGCAGAAUUGCGUUUCCAGUGAGGAAAAGUCAAGCUUGUUUUAUUCAAUGUGUUGAGUUUGUUUGGUGUGAAAGAUAAUUUUUCCUCCCAGCAGCUUCAUAUGUACCAGUACUCUUAGCAAGUCAAAAAGUAUUUCUGCCCAACGGUCUAAUAGAACAGACAGAAGGCAUGAAACAAUGUGCAAGCAAAAUUUAGGGGCUAUGAAAGAAGAGUGUGAAAAUGUGUGGAAUGGGAGGAAUACAUCCAAGACACUCUCGGUCGAGACUGGACUAUGCUUUUGAAUGAAAUGUAAUUUUCAUGCCUGAAAAUGCUGCAUUUAUUAGCACCGUGACCACAAACGAAAGAAGUCAUUUAUGUGCAAGAAAGAGAAUCGCACAGCUGGAGCUUUCUUUAAAGUUUGCCCUGCAGCAGUUCCCACUCAUGAAGAGGCAAGCCACUUCUUAAACUGAACAAUAGCUUCACAUUCCCAAAUAUAUCAGUAUACUGCACAGCUGUAUGCACAGAGAGAUUAUUUCCUCAGUUGUAUCUAACAAUUGUUCUUCAAAGUGUUUCUAACCCACAAAGUUUUGUUACACGUAUAUUCUAAAUCUUCUUGUAUUCUGCUUUUGGGAGAACGACAGCUGCUUAGCAAGACUGCCUUCUUUUAAGAUAAGUAUGACUGCUGAGCUAUGAAUAGUAAAAGAAUCCAGAGGAGAAAGCCAAGCUAAAUAUAGGCUCUCUUUAUGGACACCUGCCAUAUGGGCGAAAUAAAAGAUGGAAUAUUUCAGUUUA